AUUGCGAGUUUAUUGAAAUUCCUGGAAGAGGACGCUGCGAGGCCGACUUCAUCGCAAGAGAAACAAAAAUAAAUUGCCAAUUCACUUCGAUAAGACAAGUUAAGUGAGAAUGUCCGUGAUCAAAGUCGAAAACCGGGAGAGAUUGAGAAUAAUUACCAUUGACAAUGUGAAGAAGAGGAAUGCCCUCAACCGAGAGGGUUAUUUGGCUCUCACGAAAGCCCUGAGAGACGCUGACGAGGAUGAAAGUGUCUCUGUGGUGGCGUUGACUGGAGCCGGGAACUUCUACAGCUCCGGAAACGACAUCAUAUCUGCCAUGAGCAGCACUGAUCCUCCUGAAUACGUCAUGUCGGUGCUGAGAGACCUCAUCCGCGCCUUCUACAGAUGCCGCAAGAUUCUCGUGGCUGUCGUCAAUGGACCGUCGAUCGGCAUUGCAGCCACAACUGCCAUCCUCUGCGAUGUGAUCUAUGCAGAGAAGGAUGCUUACUUCUACACUCCAUUCACUGCCUUGGGGCUCUGUUGUGAGGGAUGCUCGUCCUUGACAUUCCCCCAGAUCAUGGGAAAGACCAAAGCGAGCGAAAUGCUUCUCUUGAACCACAAGAUGACUGCCGAGGAAGCGCUUCGGUUCAACGUGGUGUCAGAAGUCUACACGAGAGAUGAAGCGCAGACGAAAAUUUGGCCCAGGAUUGAGGCAUUUGCAAAACUGCCUCACAAAUCUCUCAUCAUAACCAAGGGUUUGAUACAGAAAUUUGAUAUUGACGCCUUGGAGGCGGCUAACAAUGCGGAAGUGGAAGCCUUGCGAGAGAGGACAAGUUCUGAGGACUGCAUUCAAGCUGCCAUGGAAUUUGCGCAGAGGAAACUCAAGAAGUCAUCACUCUAAAUCCGACUCUUGCAU